GGUGGGGCCUCGCGGCGGGUGGAGAUGCGGCCGAGUGUGCUGGGCGGGUGAAGCGAGCCGGCUGGGCGGCGCGCCGGGGCAGCCAGAGCCGCGCGCCGCGUCGCUGUAAUCGGACACCAGAGCGCUCGCCCUAUGCGCCGGCCACUUUCCAUUCACUCCGUAGUGCUUGAUUGAGCGACGCAGAGCAGGGCUCCCGGUGCCGCGCCACUGCAACGCUGAGGAUUCCUUUACAAAGAAACUCAGAGGACCGGGAAGAAAGAAUUUCACCGCUGGGACGCCCUAGAAAUUACGGUCUUUGGGGAAAAGGACUACAAACACGCGGAUCCAAAGCUGUAGCAAACUGACGACUUUUCCGUGCUGAUCUCGUCCCACAUCGGUAUUUUCCCUUGGAUAUUAACUUGCAAACCUGAAGAAAUGGCAUUCCAGGCAAUUUGGGUCCUGGUUGGAGUAUUUGUUUGUUCUACCUGUGUAAAAGGAUCAUCUCAGCCCCAAGCAAGAGUUUACUUAACAUUUGAUGAGCUUCGAGAAACCAAGACCUCUGAAUACUUCAGCCUAUCUCACCAUCCUUUAGACUACAGGAUAUUAUUAAUGGAUGAAGAUCAGGACCGGAUAUAUGUGGGCAGCAAAGAUCAUAUUCUUUCCUUGAAUAUUAACAACAUAAGUCAAGAACCUUUGAGUGUUUUCUGGCCAGCAUCUGCAAUCAAAGUUGAAGAGUGCAAAAUGGCUGGCAAAGAUCCCACACAUGGCUGUGGGAACUUUGUCCGUGUAAUUCAGGCUUUCAACCGCACGCACUUGUAUGUUUGUGGGAGUGGUGCUUUCAGCCCAGUCUGUACUUAUUUGAACAGAGGGAGGAGAUCAGAGGACCAAGUUUUCAUGAUUGACUCCAAGUGUGAAUCCGGAAAAGGACGCUGCUCUUUCAACCCCAAUGUGAACACAGUGUCUGUUAUGAUCAAUGAGGAGCUUUUCUCUGCAAUGUAUAUAGAUUUCAUGGGGACAGAUGCAGCUAUUUUUCGAAGUUUAACCAAGAGGAAUGCAGUCAGAACUGAUCAACACAAUUCCAAAUGGCUAAGUGAACCUAUGUUUGUGGAUGCACAUGUUAUCCCAGAUGGCACUGAUCCAAAUGAUGCUAAGGUGUACUUCUUCUUCAAAGAGAAACUGACCGACAAUAGCAGAAGCACAAAACAGAUUCAUUCCAUGAUUGCUAGAAUAUGUCCUAAUGACACUGGUGGACUGCGUAGCCUUGUCAACAAGUGGACUACCUUCUUAAAAGCAAGGCUGGUAUGCUCGGUAACUGAUGAAGAUGGCCCGGAAACACACUUUGAUGAACUAGAGGAUGUGUUUCUGCUGGAAACUGAUAACCCAAGGACAACACUAGUGUAUGGCAUUUUUACAACAUCAAGCUCAGUUUUUAAAGGUUCAGCAGUGUGUGUGUAUCAUUUAUCUGAUAUACAGACUGUGUUUAAUGGUCCUUUUGCCCACAAAGAAGGGCCCAAUCAUCAGCUGAUUUCCUACCAGGGUAGAAUUCCUUAUCCUCGCCCUGGAACUUGCCCAGGAGGAGCAUUUACACCCAAUAUGCGAACCACCAAGGAGUUCCCAGACGAUGUUGUCACUUUUAUUCGGAACCACCCUCUCAUGUACAAUUCCAUCUACCCAAUCCACAGAAGGCCUUUGAUUGUUCGUACAGGCACUGACUAUAAGUACACAAAAAUAGCUGUGGAUCGAGUGAAUGCUGCCGAUGGUAGAUACCAUGUUCUGUUUCUUGGAACAGAUCGAGGUACUGUGCAGAAGGUUGUUGUUCUUCCUUCUAACAGCUCUGCCAGCGGUGAGCUCAUUCUGGAGGAGUUGGAAGUCUUUAAGAAUCAUGCUCCAAUAACAACAAUGAAAAUUUCAUCCAAAAAGCAACAGUUGUAUGUGAGCUCCAAUGAAGGACUUUCCCAAGUGUCUCUGCAUCGCUGCCACAUCUACGGUACAGCCUGUGCUGACUGCUGCCUGGCAAGAGACCCUUACUGCGCCUGGGAUGGCCAUGCUUGCUCUAGGUUCUAUCCAACCGGGAAACGGCAACAGGAGCAUCGCUCCAGAAUGGGUACCAUGAACACUUUCAAAACCUUGAUGACCAUGCUUUACCCCUUAGAAUGGAGGAGCCGAAGACAAGAUGUGAGACAUGGAAAUCCAUUGACUCAAUGCAGAGGAUUUAAUCUAAAAGCAUAUAGAAAUGCAGCUGAAAUUGUUCAGUAUGGAGUAAAAAACAACACCACUUUCCUUGAGUGUGCCCCCAAGUCUCCACAGGCAUCUAUCAAGUGGUUGUUACAGAAAGACGAGGACAGGAGGAAAGAGGUCAAGCUGAAUGAGCGAAUCAUAGCCACUUCACAAGGACUCCUGAUCCGCUCUGUUCAGGAUUCCGACCAAGGACUGUAUCACUGCAUCGCAACAGAAAACAGCUUCAAGCAGACCUUAGCCAAGAUCAACUUUAAAGUUUUAGAUUCCGAAAUGGUGGCUGUUGUUACAGACAAAUGGUCUCCGUGGACCUGGGCCAGCUCUGUGAGGGCUUUACCCUUCCACCCGAAGGACAUCAUGGGGGCGUUCAGCCACUCAGAAAUGCAGAUGAUUAAUCAGUACUGCAAAGAUACUCGGCAACAACAUCAACACGGAGAAGAAUCCAAGAAGAUGAGAGGGGACUAUGGCAAGUUAAAGGCUCUCAUCAAUAGCCGGAAAAGUAGAAAUAGGAGGAAUCAGCUGCCAGAGUCAUAAUGUUUUCUUAAAUGGGGCUUAUGCUUCCCUCAGUAAAUGAUCUGUGUUCAGUGAGCAAAGAAUCUUGGGCUUUACCCAUGGGAAAUUCCUGAGAAAGGUGGGUACUCACUCCUAAAGGUGAACGUUACAUGAACUGAAAUGAGUAUGCAUUUUCUUGUAUGAUAUUGACUAUCACUAGACAUGUCAUGGUCCUCAUGGUGCAUAGAAAUAUUUAACUUAACCUAGAUUUUAUUUAUAUCUUUAUUUACCUUUUCUUCAAAACCAAUAUGGCGACUAUAAAACUAGAAUUCUUACAUCCCUUAAUUGAACUAGGGCCUUAACCUGUGAUCUUCCAUCCUUGCUUUAAGGGUUUAGAGUUCUGUCAAUCAUUUGUAUACAAAACCAAAUGCCAAGUUCACAAUUUUUACAUAGUAAAAGUUAUAUAAAUGCAUGUGACAGAGUAGUUGUCAAAAGAAAUGUAGAAGAGAAAAAAGACAAGGAAGAGGGAAUCUAAAAGUUGUAUAAAACAUGAGCGAUUUUCAUAAAAAGAUAACAUGGAGUUUAUGUGCUUCCAGUGAAAUAUAGUAUUGGUUACUUUUAAGAUUGCAAAACUUAUCAGUUUUUGAUAUCUGUCAUUGAUCUCUGUUCCCUUGUUUCAGCAAGAUAAAAGGACACCAACCAUUAAUAUCUUUAAUUGGAAUUAAGUCAGUGAAGCAUUUAAGUUUAUAUUGUUAGGUAAUCAUCUUCCAAACAAAAGCACUUUCUUUUUUGGAAGUUAUUUAAGUUAUUCUUGACUCAGAGAAUAUAAUCUUACACAGUUUAAUUGAUAAAUGUGUUUAUUCUAAUUUUCUAGUUUGUAUGGCAUUUUAAAAAAUAUAAGAAGAAAUUUCUUUUGAAAUAUCAAACUUGUAUAUGAGGGCCGAAACCAUCAAAAUGAAAAAAAAAAAAAGAAAAAAACAAGGUAGAAAAUGCAAUUUUAUUGACAGAAGUUUAUUUAAAGUGUUACUAAUUUUUAACUUCAAUAAUUAAUUUCAAUGAUUAACUCACUUUUUUUGUUUACCGACCUCAGAUAUCAUACUGAUUUUUAAGUCACCGAUUCUUUUUUUUUUUUUUUAAUACUCUUUCAUGUAUGCUGGAGAGAUGCUCAUUUUGUGGAGAAGUGAGAAAAAUUCUAAUUUGAACAAAAAUAGACAUACUUUAUUUUAAAAGAAUGUUGGUACAUUAUGUUCACUGGUACAUAAAUACAAAUGUGGUAAGUUUGUGAUGAAUAAAAUAACUAUCUUCUAAUUGUAUGUUUGGAUC